GCAAUAAACGUGCGCAUCCUCCGUCGCCUUUGGGCCUAAAAGGGACGGGUGAGAGGAGGGGGGCAGAGAGAGAGAGAGAGAGACUGCGUGUGACGUCACGUCGCUGGGCAAGAUGGCGGCCUCCGUGCUGGCUCUUUCGGGCCGCGGCUGGAUGGGUUGCGUGCCGCGGGGUCUUUUGUGGGGUCUUUCGCGGGGCCUGUGCAGCGGCGGAACUACACACUUCGGGUUCCAGGAGGUGUCGGAGGAGGAGAAAGGAGAGAAAGUUUACCAGGUGUUUGAAAACGUGGCAAAGAAGUAUGAUCUCAUGAAUGAUUCCAUGAGUUUGGGAAUCCAUCGUGUUUGGAAAGAUGCUCUGCUGCGUCAGAUGAACCCUUAUCCAGGAGCCCAAUUAAUUGACGUUGCUGGUGGGACAGGUGACAUCGCCUUUCGAUUUAUCAAUUAUGUUCGUUCCCAGCGGGUGUAUCAGAUCCAGCAGAAGCUGAGAAGCCAUCAGAAUUUAUCCUGGCAGGAGAUUACUCAGCUUUAUCAGGAAGAGGAGAAUGGAUCGCUAGGGGGAUCCCACGUAGUGAUCUGUGACAUUAACAAAGAGAUGGUGAAGGUUGGGAAGCAGAAAUCGCAGCAGCUUGGCUACAUGGAAGGAUUGUCCUGGGUGGUGGGGGAUGCUCAAGAUCUGCCCUUCGAUGAUGACAAGUUUGAUUUUUACACAAUUGCUUUUGGUAUCCGUAAUGUCACUCAUAUGGAGCAGGCGCUUCAGGAGGCUUAUCGAGUCCUGAAACCAGGAGGGCGUUUUCUCUGCCUUGAAUUCAGUCAUGUCAACAAUUCCCUUCUUUCCAGUCUGUAUGAUCUCUAUAGCUUCCAAGUUAUCCCUGUGCUGGGAGAAAUUAUUGCUGGUGAUUGGAAAUCCUACCAGUAUCUUGUAGAAAGCAUAAGGCGCUUUCCAACUCAGGAGGAGUUCAAGGAACUAAUUGAAGAAGCUGGCUUUCUGAAGGUGGACUAUCAAAACCUGACAUCCGGCAUGGUGGCUAUUCACUCUGGCUUCAAGCUGUGAUGACCUUUCUUUGUUCUGAGGGAAAAGCACUUGACAUUAAGUUUAAAGUUAAGAUAAAAGAAAGCAAUUCUUUUCAGCUGUGCUUAUUUAAAACUGU